AUGGGAAAGCAGAGCAUGAUCAAGAAGAAGAAUCGAGAGAAAGAACAGGAUCCAGCUGACAAUCUAAGAAACACUGCAAAUGAACAACUGAAUAUGGAACCUAAAGAUUUAAUCAGUUGUUUCCCCGAUGAGAUCCUUUUCCGCAUUAUCACCUUCCUCCCUUUCGAAUCUGCUGUCCAAACCACUCUUCUUUCGACUCGAUGGAAAGACCUUUGGAAAAAGACUUUAGUACUAAAGGGAACCAUAGAAGAUGUUCUUGUUAAUAUAUUUAGUCUUCUUGAUGAUUUUGCUGAACUCCAUCCACCAAGAAAUACGUGGGGAUUCCAAUUUGACUUUGGCCAAGGUAGAGUUCUUUUUGUUGCCAUUGCACCUAAUAAUACACUUCAUCUUGAUUUCUCCAGUGGGGAACAAGAAAUUCCUAGGUCAUUUGAUUGGUUGUUGCCGUUGAAUCUUCCAUCAAGUAACCAGUGGCCAUUUCCCUACAACCAUGACAAGAGUUUGACUAUUGCAAAAUGUAAUGGAGUACAAUCUUUAGAUAUACACAAUGUUGCUAGGCUUCAAAAAUUAGUGUCUUUUCGUUAUCAAGCAUCCUGCAAAUGUAAUCCCCCGUGGCUUUCAUUUAUGUGGAACUUUGGAUUACACAUGGAAGAUGUCAUGCUUGACUUUAGACAGGGUCCAACACAAUGGACAUGGCAAUAUGAAAACGAUUUCCAUUACACUCCUCGUUAUGGAAUCUACAAAAGGAACCAUUGUGGCUGUGCCACCAAGCUUAAAUGCUUCAAAUCAAUUGGGAAAAGCAUAGAUAAUGUUAAAUCUCUAACACUAUGCAAAUGGUUCUUCGAGGAAUCGAUAUGCAAGAAGCUACUCUCUGCAAGAAGAAACCUUGGCUUUUGUUUCAACAAGCUAAAAGAGCUUUGGUGGAUUGAUUGUUCAAUGGAGAGAGAAAAUAUCGAUGCCUUGCUUUGCUUUCUGAAGUUCUGUCCUAACUUGGAAAGACUCUAUGUGACUAUUGAUCCUAAAUGCUACAACUUGCCUAGCACUGAAAAAUUCUCAGCUAUAGUCAGUGUUACUGAUAAACUCAAUGAUCUCAAGGUUGUCAAAUUAGAAGGGUAUGGAGAUGAGCAAAAGGAGAUUUUAUUGGCAAGGCGGUUGAUACCUUUAUUCAGAGGGAAUCCAGUAAUUCUAUCAAAAUCUAAUGGGACAUGUUUGAGGCAUAUGGUAAAACUACAUAAGCUGGAGAAGAAAGGGAUGUGUACUCAAGAAGGAAAGUUUUCAGAUCCUGAACCAAGUGCAGUCCAAGAACCUAAUCCUAACUCUGGAAAUGAGGCAGAUGGUACUGUUGAAAGAUAUAAAGCCAGCUUAGUGGCUAAGAGCUACACUCAGACCUAUGGAGUGGAUUAUUAG